UAUGAAGGCGCGGAGGAGGGCAGCCAAGGUCCCGAGGACUGGAAGGCCCGCCUGGACAGGGAGUGGGAGUCGGAGGAAGAAUUCUUUUCCGACAUGGAAGCACAGUCCCCAGAGGGGCAGGUCAGCUCUGUGGACACAGCCUUCUCAGACACCAGUCUCCAGGACGACGUGGGCCCCCCGGAGCUGGCCCAGGGCACGGGCAGGGAGGCCGACCUGGAGGGUCCCUCGGAGCCGCAGACACCGAGCAGUCUCCCCAUGGAGCUGCCCCAGCAAGCCAUGGGCCGCGCGUCAUCGGAGCCUGUGGUCAGCAGGCCGGACGGCCCCCGGUGGAUGGACCUCCGGCUGAGCCGGGAGAGCAGCAUCGUGUCCUCGGACCUGGGCAGGCCGGGCACAGAGGAGCCAGGGGUGUCUCCAGAGGUGCCCCUGGGCAGCUUUCUGGACAGGAUCCAACAGCCACCCUCAGAGGAAGGGGCCUCGGGGGACAGAGCCGAGUCGCACAGCAGUGGCGAGGCUGAUGGUGACAGAACUCAGCUGGUGGUUUUGGAUCCAAACCACCCCCUGAUGACGAGAUUCCAGAGCGCCCUGAAGAGCUACCUCAACCGGCAGAUCGAGAAGCUGAAACUCGACCUGAAGGAGCUGGACGUGGCCAACAAGCAGAGCCGCGCACAGAGGCAGGAGCUGGGCGUGAACCUGUACCGCGUGCAGCAGCACCUGGCGCGCCUGCAGACACAGCUGGAGAAGAGCCACGACCGCUACUCGCUGGUCGCGUGCGCCCGGCGCCAGAAGGAGGAGGAGCUGCAGGACGCACGCGCACUCUACGCGCGGACCUGCGCGACUGCCGGCCAGGAGCGCAAGAAGCUGACGGCCCUCCAGACGGAGAUGGAGAAGCUGGCCCUGCACCUGUUCUACAUGCAGAACAUCGACCAGGACGUGCGGGAUGACAUUUGCGUGAUGAAACAGGUGGUGAAGAAGGCAGAGACAGAGAGGAUGCGGGCAGAAAUGGAGAAGAAGAAGCAGGACCUGUUCGUGGACCAGCUCACCACGCGGGCCAAGCAGCUGGAAGAGAACAUUGCCCUAUUCGAGGCUCAGUAUGCUGCCCAGGCAGAGGACACCCGGGUGCUGCGGAGUGCAGUGAGCAAGGCCUCCAUGGAGAUUGAGACCAUCAACCUGGAGAAGAAGCGCAUCCUACGGCAGUGGGCCAGCAGCCUGGUGAGCAUGCGGCACCGUGAUGAGGAGCACCGGGCCAUCCUGGAAGCACUCAGGGAGUGCCAGCACCAUGCCAAGUCGGUGGACGGUGAGGUGGAGGCCUACAAGAAGUCCAUUGUCCAGGAGGAGGAGCGGAAUGAGAAGCUGGCCCGCAUCCUGACGCGCGUGGAGACGGAGGCCAGCCUGAUGCAGAAGCUCACGGCGCAGUGCCUGGGCAGGCAGGAGGCCCUGCACAGUGAAUUCAACACCUACAGGCUCACCCUGCAGGACACGGAGGACGCCCUGGCCAAGGGCCACCAGGAGCACUCGGCGGUCAUGGAGGAGCUGCAGGCUGUGCGCCUGGGCGUCCGGCAAGAGCUGGAGCUGAAGCGCAGCCUGGACGCCUCCAUCCUGGAGAAGCUGCAGGAGCACAUGACCUCCAACAAGAUGACCAAGUACUUCAGCCAGCUCCUGCGGCGCCUGCAGAAGGAGAGGACCAACAUGGUGACACAUCUCUCCAAAAUCGACGGGGACAUCGCCCAGACCACUCUGGACGUCACCAACACCAGUUGCAGGCUGGACUCGCACCGCAAGGCGCUGGCCGAGCUGGACAAGGAGGUGAAGAAGCUGAAUGAGCUCAUCACCAACAGCGAGAAUGAGAUCUCCCGGCGCACCAUUCUGAUCGAGAGGAAGCAGGGCCUCAUCAACUUCUUCAACAAGCAGCUGGAGCAGACCGUGUCGGAGCUAGGGGGGGAAGAAAUGGGGCCCCUGGAGCUGGAGCUGAAGAGGCUGAGGAAGCUGCUGGAGGAGCAGGGAGCCCAGCUGGUGCAGGCCCAGGGCACGUGGCUGCGGCUGCAGCAGGAGAUGGUGAAGGCCACGCAGGAGCGCGAGGAGCAGCUGGGAUUGCUGGACACGUUCAAGAAGGAGAUGCGCAUCCUAGAGCAGAAGAAGCUGCGCACAGAGAGCAAGAUUGACCAGGAGAAGAAGGAGCAGAAGCAGAUAGAGCGCCACCUGCGGGACCUGGACCACGACCUGAAGAAGCUCAACGUGCUAAGCAGCCAGAACCGCAGCAGCUCGGAGGAGCUGCAGCACGGCAACCUGGUGGCUCAGAACGAGUUCGUGCGCGAGCUCAAGGACUUGGAGCGUGAGACCAUCGAGUUGCAGGAGAAGCUGAGCCAGCUCACCGAGGAGAAGGCGGCCAUCCUGAGGGACCUGGUGGAGGCCGAACAUCAGAUCAUGGUCUGGGAGAAGAGAAUCCAGCUGGCCCGAGAGAUGCGUGCCUCAGUGGACUCAGAGAUGGGUCAGACAGAGAUGUGCGCCAUGAAGGCGGAGAUCCAUCGCAUGAAGGUCCGGCUCGGGCAGCUGCUGAAACAGCAAGAGAAGAUGAUCCACGCCAUGGAGGCGGCCGUGAGCCACAGAGAGACCAUCAACACCCGCGGGGAGAGCCAGGCCAAGGCCGACAACAAGCUGCUCACCCGCACCGACUUCCACCACCGGCAGGUGGAGCUGCGCCGCAAGAUCAGGGACACGCACAAGGCCUCUGAGGAGUGCAGCAACACCAUCCUGGAGCUGGAGGACACGCAGAAGCAGCUAAGCAGCUCGCUCCUGGAGAAGCAGCAGCGGCUGUCCACCAUGCAGGCUGAGCUGGACAUGCUCGAGGCUGACCAAGAGGCGCUCACGGUCCUCAAGAGACAGAACCUGCUGGACAUCGUGGCGCUGCAGACGCGCCUCAAGCACCUGCAGGCCGUGAAGGAUGGGCGGUACAUGUUCCUGUGCCGCUCCCCAUCGGCCUUGCAGCUGGAGCGCCGGCGCCUGGAUGACCGGCUGGCCCAGCUGGCCACCGUGCUGGCCCACGUGCAGUCCGAGUUCCCUCAGUUCCAGGAGGCCCUGCACAAGGUCAGCCAGAAGGUCUCCAGCCAGCUCCGGUCCCUGGGGCCCACCUAGGCUGCGGCCGGACAGAACCAGCCCACCUGCUCUUCACCACA